AUGGCGGAUCCAUCACGAUCUCACUCUCACACACGUUCACGAUCUCGCGUCCUACCCACUGGGUCAGUUGCUGGUGAUGAUGAUUCUUCACACUCAAGCUCUGUCAGUGGACAUCCUCCUGGAGCAUUUGAAAGCUCCAUUAAUGAACCUCCCGAAACACCCUUCCGAUUCGAAUCUGGUUUGAAUACAGCCCCUGACACACUUGAUGAAGCUGGCUCUCAUGAUGAGAAUACCGGUCACCCAGGUGUCUACCGUUCGGGCGAGGCCAUAUCAGACCAGCAGAUGCAGCAUCUUACGAUGACAUUUGAGAUGGAGAAGGAGAGGCGUAGAGCCCUAGAGCUCGAAUUACAACUGGAAAAACUCCGUCAACAGAGAUCCUCUAAGAAUCAAUCUCAGGAUGUCAACAAUCAUCCUCCCACCACUUCUACGGCCCGUACGCCCACAUGGGAUCCCAAUCUCGGUGAAAGGUUGGAAUACAACCUCUAUGAUCCGGAUAGCCGUGUUGGCAAGGCAAUCUCCCAAUUCAAGGAAGAUGUCAAGAAUGCUGUGAGGCCAAACAGUCUAACCGGCACAUCCAACUACACCACCUGGAGCAUCUCCAUGAAAUUGAAACUAGUUGAUGCACAGUGUUGGAAUAUAAUAGAGAAACAGCAGGCCCAGAACCCCCUUCAAGAUGUUGAAUGGGCUCCUUUUUGGGAUGCUAGGAACCGAUGGCUCUACACAUUCAUUUCGAACUCAUUGGGUGCCGCCGUCAGGCCACAUUUUUACAAAUAUGAUGAGGAUUGGAUCGCUUAUACCCUCUGGCAUGCAAUCGAAGAGGAAUACUCCAUCCCAAAGACACAAUUACACCGUGAGGCAGUCCUGGAAUUCACCUCACUUGGUGGCACGCAGGUCACUAACCUGCACAUGUUCUUUGAUAAGUUCCGGGCCGCUAUCAUGAAAUUGGAGAUGAUGGAUGCUACCCCCCCAGAUGCGUGGGUAUUUGACAUCUUCUACUCUGCCCUCCCCAACAAUUGGAGAGGAUAUGUUCAAAAGAAGAUUGAGGAGAUACAAGAAUCCAAAUCAACAGCUGUGGUGUUGGAUGUUCAUCUUCUCAUGGAGGAGAUCCGCAAGGUUUACACCUUCCACAUUUAG